AUGCAGUUCAAGAACAUUUUUGUCCUCGCUCUUGCCGGCCUCGCCGUGGCUGCGCCACAAAAGGGUGAAGGCAAAGGCAAGAACGACGGCAAGCAGGCUCAGGAGGUUGCUAAGCAGCAGAAAGCCGGCCUGUCCUGUGAGGCCCCCUCGACGGAUGGUUCCAUCUUUUGCGGCGAUGGAAGCGGUGCAGGAUGCCUUGUCACCAAGAAUGGCAAUGUUAUCUGCGGCUAA